GGGAAGGGUUUGGCACGGCACCGGGAGAGGGAGGAAGGUGUCGGCCCCGGGCAGGUGGAGGGUUAGCCGGGCCCAGGGGAGGCCUGUCACCUAUCAGUUACUGUACAUGUAGGCCACCCUUCGCCUUGUGAGCGUUAACUGGUCGAGAGCACUUUAAUUCGGUUUAAAAGACUGAUCAAAUUUAUGUAGCGCCUCUUACAUCCUUAAGGCGCGUUACAGCUAAGGACGUGCAGCCACUGUUAUAAUGUGGGAACCUUGAAGGCAAUUUGAGUAAAGUACGAUCCCGCAUGCAGCAUUGUGACACUCAGUGAUGUGGAUUUCCAUAUAGUAGUUGCCCAGAGCCAACACACGAAGGAAAACUCCCCUGUCCUUUUUGUAGUGACCCCGGAGAUCUGCUUACCCACCCGAGAGGCUGCACACAUUCAUAACAACAAGGGAAGGUGAAGUGUAUAGUUUAUCAGGAUGAACCGAUCAAAAGCUGUGGCAAUCCGGCGCCCCAGCAGUGCCAAACCUAGUGGGCAUCCACCCCCUGGGGACUUUAUAGCACUGGGUUCGAAGAACCAGGCCUCUGAUGCCAAGGCGUCGGGAACACUGCUGAAGCCAGCGCAGACGGGAUUGCAGUCUGAUAGAAAACGUGAGGGAUCGUCAGCCAUGACUUCCACCUCUGGCCUUUCAAAACGCCCGAAGAUCUCUUCCACUCCACCAUUGAGUGCGCUUGGACGCCUGGCAGAGGCUGCAGUCGCAGAGAAACGGGCCAUAUCACCUUCUAUUAAAGAGCCAUCUGUCGUACCAAUUGAAGUUCCCCCAGCGACACUACUGGAUGAAAUAGAGGCUGCAGAGUUGGAUGGUAAUGAUGACUGCAUUGAGGGACUACUGUGUGGAGCAGUUAAACAGAUGAAACUCAACCGAGUGAAGCCAGACACUACGCUGUUUCUCAGUCUUAUGUACUUGGCCAAAAUCAAACCCAACGUCUUUGCAACAGAGGGUGUAAUUGAGGCCUUAUGCAGUCUGCUUCGACGUGAUGCCUCCAUUAAUUUCAAAGCCAAAGGGAAUAGUUUGGUUUCUGUGCUCGCUUGUAAUCUUCUGAUGGCGGCCUACGAAGAAGAUGAGAACUGGCCUGAAAUUUUUGUCAAGGUUUACAUUGAGGACUCACUUGGGGAACGUAUCUGGGUGGACAGUCCCCAAUGUAAGACAUUUGUUGAGAACAUUCAGACUGCUUUUGGUACAAAGAUGCCUCCAAAAAGCAUGCUGCUCCAAGCAGAUGGUGGCAAGAUUGGUGGUGACCUCAGUGCAGGUGGGAGUCCACAUCCUUCCACACCAGAUGAUGAUGAUAAUCAGACCGAGCUGCUUAUUGCAGAAGAGAAACUGAGUCCAGAUGUAGAGUCAGGCCAGGUGAUGCCCAGGUAUGAGGACUUAGCUGAGAGUGUGGAGGAUUAUGUUAUCGACAUGCUUCGCGAUCAGCUCAACCGGCGCCAGCCCAUGGAUAAUGUCUCACGGAACCUGCUGCGACUACUCACCACCACCUGUGGCUAUAAAGAAGUCCGUUUGAUGACUGUUCAACGGCUGGAGAUGUGGCUGCAGAACCCUAAGUUGACCCGCCCAGCUCAGGACCUGCUGAUGUCGGUCUGCACCAACUGUUCUACGCAUGGGACAGAGGACAUGGAGGUUAUGUCGAAUCUCAUCAAAAUCCGCCUAAAGCCUAAAGUGUUGCUGAACCAUUACAUGCUGUGCAUUAAGGAAUUGCUGAAUGCUCAUCGGGAUAACUUGGGGACACUGGUAAAGUUUGUGAUCUUUAAUGAACUGUCAAAUGCACGGAACCCAAACAACAUGCAGAUUCUUUACACUGUGUUGCAGCACAACUCUGAACUAGCCCCCAAGUAUCUGGCCAUGGUGUUCCAGGACUUGCUCACCAAUAAAGAUGACUACCUUCGUGCGUCUCGAGCAUUGCUGCGGGAAAUUAUUAAACAAACUAAACACGAGAUCAACUUUCCAUCCUUCUGUCUGGGUCUGAUGCAGGAACGGAAGGAGCAGACAUAUCUAGAAAUGGAGUUUAAGGAACGCUUUGUGAUUCAGGUGACAGACCUGCUGACCCUGUCGAUGAUGUUGGGGAUUACAGCUCAAGUGAAGGAAGCGGGGCUUGCUUGGGACAAAGGCGAGAAGAAGAACCUGGAAGCACUCCGAGCGUUUCAGACUCAGAUCGCAACUAUUCAGCGCGAUGCUGUCUGGUGGCUGCACACUGUGGUUCCCACCAUCUGCAAGCUAAAUCCUAAAGAUUACAUCCAUUGUUUGCACAAGGUGCUCUUCACUGAACAACCUGAGACAUACUACAAAUGGGAUAACUGGCCUCCAGAGAGUGAUAGAAAUUUCUUUCUACGAUUGUGCUCAGAGGUGCCACUCCUGGAGGACACACUGAUGCGAAUCCUCGUCAUCGGGUUGUCGCGGGAUCUGUCACUGGGGCCGGCUGAUGCCAUGGAACUAGCUGACCAUCUAGUGAAACGUGCUGCGUCAGUGCAGGCUGACGACCUGGAAGUUCUUCAUGUGGAGAGGAUUCAGUUGAUUGACGCAGUUCUGAACUUGUGUACUUACCACCAUCCUGAAAAUAUUCAGCUGCCACCAGGGUAUCAGCCACCCGCUCUGGCUAUUUCAUCCCUGUACUGGAAGGCUUGGCUUCUGCUGUUAGUUGUAAAUGCCUUUAAUCCACAAAAUAUUGGUUUGGCUGCAUGGGAAGGGUACCCCACUCUGAAAAUGCUGAUGGAAAUGGUGAUGACAAACAACUUCUCAUACCCACAAUGCACUGUGACUGAUGAAGAGACCCGAAAUGAUAUGAUCAGUCGGGAGCUGCAGAUGUCGCAGAGAGAGAAACAGGAGAUCUUGGCCUUUGAGAGUCAUCUGGCUGCUGCAUCGACAAAACAAACUAUCACUGAGAGCAAUAGUUUGCUAUUGUCACAACUGACCAGCCUUGAUCCACAGGGACCUCCUCGCCGGCCACCUCCACAAGUUCUGGAGCAGUUGAAAAGCUUGAAUCAGUCGCUUCAUCUUGGCCAUCUGCUAUGCCGGAGUCGCCAUCCUGACUUCCUGUUAAACAUUAUUCAGAGACAGGCCUCGUCCCAGUCCAUGCCCUGGUUAGCAGAUCUAGUGCAAUCGAGUGAAGGAUCCUUGGAUGUGCUGCCGGUCCAGUGUCUGUGUGAAUUUCUGCUCCAUGAUGCAGCCGAUGAAGUGACCUCUACAGAAGAGGAAGAUGAGAGUGAGAGCAAAGAGCAGAGAGCCAAGAAACGACAGAGGCAGCAGAAACAGCGACAGCUCCUGGGCCGCCUGCAGGACCUCCUCUUGGGCCCCAAAGCUGAUGAGCAAACUACCUGUGAAGUUUUGGAUUAUUUCUUGCGGCGUUUAAGCUCCCCACAGGUGGCCUCACGUGUUCUAGCCAUGAAGGGCUUGUCUCUGGUACUGACUGACUCUGAGAGCAGCCUGCGAGAUGUGGAAGAGCGAGACCAAAUGAUGGAAGAGGACUCAAGUGAUGGGGAACCACUCCCUGGAUAUCAAUGGCUCCUGCGGGAUCUUCCCAAACUGCCUCUCUUCAGCAGUGUCUGUACAAUGACUUCCUUGGCACUGCAACAGGCCAUUCAUGUGGAGACUGAUCCCCAAACCAUCAGUGCCUAUGUCAUUUAUUUGUCACAACAUGCACCAGUAGAGGAACAGGCUCAGCACAACGAUCUUGCUCUGGAUGUUGCUCGCUUAAUUGUUGAGCGGUCCACUAUCAUGACUCACCUCUUCGCCAAGCACGUCUACCGAACAGAAUGUGAGUCCGUGCUGGUGGCACUGAUUGCCAUCUUCUCUCGUUAUGUGAAGCGGAUGCGGAAGACCAAGGAAGAAGAGGAGGUGUACAGCUGGUCUGAAUCUCAGGACCAGGUCUUUUUGCGUUGGACCACUGGGGAAACUGCCACCAUGCACAUCUUGGUGGUUCAUGCCAUGGUCAUCCUCUUGACGCUUGGACCCCCUCAAGGUGAGAGUGAUUUUUACCACCUUCUCGAUGUUUGGUUUCCCGAGAGAAAGCCACUCCCCACAGCAUUCCUGGUUGAUACCUCGGAAGAAGCUCUACUUCUUCCUGACUGGCUGAAACUCCGGAUGAUUCGCUCAGAGGUGUCUCGAUUAGUGGAUGCUGCUCUCCAGGAUCUGGAACCUCAGCAGCUGAUCCUGUUUGUUCAGUCCUUCGGAAUCCCAGUCUCCAGCAUGAGCAAACUCCUCCAAUACCUAGACCAGGCAGUGUCCCAUGACCCCCAAACACUUGAGCAGAAUAUCAUGGACAAAAACUAUAUGGCUCACCUGGUCGAAGUUCAACAUGAGAGGGGAGCAACUGGUGGGCGCACCUUCCACACACUGCUCACUGCAUCUUUGCCCCCAAACAGAGAAAAUGCAGACCUGAAUAGACAGAGUUCAAGCCACACAACACCACAGUGCCCCAUCAGGAUUCGAAGAUCGACACACAUUCCUGUAAUUGGGGCAGAUGAAGACUUGGCUACUCUAUUUCUUCAGCUUUUCCCCAUGAACCCUGACCCAAGAUGGAAGAGCUCAAACACACACUCAAUCUCGCUUAUGCUGCAGCAUGCACUGGCCAAGGAACUGAGACAGGUCCACCAAGGCGAGGUGGAAGAAGCAGGAAUUGCCAUCCGACUGCUUCAAGCUAUCUCUGCAUUGCUGAACUCCCCACACAGUGGAGCCUUUAUGUUGUCAAUGAACAGAAAUCAUGUUAUCGCCUGCCCUUUAAUGAGGCAACUUCAUCUGUAUCAGAGGUGUGUGCCAGAGAACUGUGCUGCUGGUUCCCUAUUCUACAAUGUGGUGAUGCAGAUGAGGACAUGGUUGGAGAAUCCUGCAGUGGAGGAGAGUCCACUUCGAGCCCUACUGAAAUCCCUAGCCACUCAGUGUUCGCUGAAACACAGAAUGGGUGACGUAAGAGCUGGCUUCCGGCACCUGGCAGAACAACUGACCUACCAGCAGGACCAGGAACUGAUCGAUUCAGCAGUGCAGGGAAUAAUAUCAGCUCUGAAAGCUGGAGAGAAAUGCAAUGUGGAGCCAGAACUAAAGGCAAGAGUUUUAAAGGGUUUAAUUGAGAUGCGGUCUCCCUAUUUGGAGGAACUCUUGACUCUUGUCCUCACCGCCAACUCAGAAAUCGACACAAAGCAAGCUGGUUCGGAUCCAGUAGCUCUGAUAACCAUGCUGCUUCAACAGGAAGGAGAAGAUUCAGCUGUAAAGGUGGAGAUCGACAGUGACAGCGCAGACAGGAUUAAGCCUGUAUCAGCAUCAGGACUAUUUAUUGACUGGUUUGAGCUCCUGGACCCUGAGGUUAUUUCCUGCUGUCCUGAUCAACAACUAAAGCUUCUGUUUGCUGAUCACAAGAUAACCGGUCAGCCAGGAUUGCAGCUGCUUUCAUUCCGACCCUACCUUUUGGCUACCCUCAUCCACCAGUCAAACUGGACCACACUGCACCGGUGCAUCAACGUUCUGUUGAGUAAGCAUGGGGAGCUCAGGCUUGACCCCACAGCAUGUCUGGAUUUCCUCUCAGCCUGUGUGCAUAUUCCAAGGAUCUGGCAAGGACGUGACCAAAGAACUCCACAGAAACACAGUGAGGAGUAUGUCCUGCGCUUGAAGAAUGCGGAACUCAUCAGCCUGGUAGAUAUCAUUCUUUCAGAGUCCGAAGUGAGAACCUGCAACGGGUCACAAGCUAACAAAUCUGCUGAGGAUGCUACAGGCACCCUCAUCCAGUCACGGCUCCCUCUGCUGCUCAGCUGUUGCCAUGGCAAUUUGGCUAAUGUCAAGAAAGUAACUGAGUAUUUGAUCAGUUGCAUCAAACAGUGGGGAGACAGGUAA